AAGUAUUAUGGUACUUCAUCCUUGAAGAUAUAUUUUUCUUCUUUUUUUCUAUUUAAAUAUUCGAAUUGAGCAAUUAUGGGCUUAUAUAAUUAUCACUAUAUUAAAAAUUCUAUGUUAAUACGUAUUAACCUAAGUUAUCUAAAGGUAUUAUUUAUACCAUAAUUACAAUGGUAUUAUUUAUACCAUAAAUACAAUAAGAUUAUUUAAGUUAGUCAAAAUAAGAGGAACUUUAUUUUCUUUAUAUAAUCAAUUUAUAUUAAAAAUACUUAUUCAUAAACUUAUUUAAAAUUAUUAUGAUACUUCAUCCAUGAAGCUAUUUUCUUGCAAACGAUUUUGCUGUUAAUGUUCCAUUUAAAUCAUCGAAUUGAACAAAAUAUGGGCUUAGAUUAUAAUAAAAGAAGUGUGGAAUAAGUUUACUUUUUAAUCUCAUCCCCGACAUACACAACCGGCGACAUGCUUGAGUGAUGGUCCGAGCCACUGGGUCACCACCUUUCGCCCCGAUGGAGAAAUCAACUACCGAUCUCCCCACUUACGACAGAACUCUUCAAAGAUUCAACGGAUGGCUGUUCUGGCGUUUCGAUCUACCCCGAGUGCAAGACGAAGAAUUUUCAGCUGCUCAGCACUCCCAUGCUGUCAUGAAUGGCCUCACGAGGAACUCGGAAGGGACGCCCCAUCGUUGCUAUGGCAACGCAGAUGCGGGCGGCUCUUUUCCGGCAUGCGCGGGCGUCGGCAACUCCACCCCACCGCACAAUGAACUCCUCCGAACAUGCUUCUCAAAAAUCGAUUCUUCAGAAAAGGCGUACGAGCUUCUUAAUGAAGACGCCCGGUUCCACUAUGGUGCUAACUAUGGCGAGAAAACGCUUCUGGAGUAUGACAACUCCGUAAACAUGGGCAAUCUCAGUAGUCAACCCGGUGACAAGAAAGGCAAGGGUGCAUCCAAAGAUGCCAAGUUUCGCUUCGGCAAGGGAGAAAACAAACAAAAGGGUGGCGGUAAAAAGCAGUCUACCGACCAGAGGAAGCAUGCUGCUGCUGUUGCCGAAAAAUCGCCAAGUCCUGGCAGCUCUAUGUCCAGUUCUGUUUACGUGGACACACACAGUCACUUACCCACACCGAGUGAAGCAGGUGAAGAUGACUCUAUCAUAGAAGGUGACUCUCAGAUCUUAGACGAUGGCACAGUCACCUUGCAAGAUGCGUCUCCUGGCAGCCUCAGCGAUAUCACAGUCUUCUGUGAGGACAACGAAAGCGUCAACAAGCAGGAAGCGGGCGUGAUUCGCAGCAGGCCGCCCUCCACGUCGCAGUCAUUGCCAGGAACACCAGCCGAAUCUGAUCCGAACUUUGCGACGAUGGGAUAUGACGGCCGAUAUCGGUCGCAUGCCGAAGCUGAGUCGUCGUCUUACAGCAGUGGCGGAAGAGACCUGAGCACCAGCUCGUCCUCCAGCAGCAUGGACAUUCACGAGUUGAACGGGAACUUGAACAUAUACAGACAGCAACACCAAAGAGGUUCGCUGGACUCUGGUUUGCCACCCUUUACGUUGACACAACACAGGAAAGUGGUUUUGCCUCCGCAUAAGUAUGCUGCCCCACCGCCUUCGUCCACUCCGUCACUGCAGAACGGCAAAUCGGCUAUCUCUGGUUCGGAGGAAUGUCUGAGACCAGCGAAUCUGUAUGGAUCUGGAAUGGAACAGCAGCAACACACCCCCUCCCCGUCGAGAAGACAUUCAUCGUAUGGGGAUGUGCCGCCGCUGGAUGGUAAUGUCCUCCGAAAGGUAGCAUCACUCACUCUGGACAAGGCUACCAUAGACUCUAAAGUAAACAGACCCAAGUUUGUGCCUGAAAAAUUGGACUUCAGCCUCUAUGAGAAGUUUGAAGGUCAAAUGCUUAUUCACUGGCUAUGUUCAGCUUUCCCUGAUGAUCAUUAUCUCCGUUUUCUACUCUCCAAGCAAGAUCUCAAGAUCCUUGCGGCUCAAUUUUGCACCAAUCUGCUUGCUGCUGGUGUUCUUAGGCAAAUUGAAGAUGAGAAUGCCCCCUUAGCCAAUCUCUUUCGGCCUGACCUGAUGUAUUAUUGGACUCAUUCAGAAUCUCAGCCUUCGAGUGUUCCUCCUCCUGGAAAAUUAUCUCCUACGGUUUGGCCUACGCCCACAAUACCUGAAGUACCUGAACACAGACAGUAUUCUGAAACUGAAUUACAGAAUAUUAUCUUAAAUAUGAAGAAAGAACAUAGAGAUACCAUUGACAAAAUCCAAAAGGAGCGGGAAAUAGCUCUUUUUAACCUCCGUGGAGAACAAGCUUCCAAGAUGAACGAAUACGAGAAAAAAGUCACUCGAUUGGAACGAGAAGUUGAGAAGUAUCAAACACUCGCCGCAAUCGAAGAAUUGACAAGAAAGGCCAAACGAGAUCUGGAUACGAGUCCUCUUUCACCUUCGCUAGAUUUGAAAUCAUUCCUUACAUCAGCUGUUCCCAUACCCGAAUCGCUCGUUCCGCGAUCACGUUACUGCCAAACUGAGCCAUUCUAUUUAUCUUCUGUGACAGUUCAGACUGAUUCUUCUAUGAUGGUCGAUGCUGGUUCAUCUCCCAUCAAAGAACUUUUGUCUGGAUUAAAUCAAAAAUCUGCCAAGCCCUUGGUUCAGACAGUUUCCCCACUUCCUCAGCAAACAAAUGCUGAGGAAGCUUCAGAACUGGUUUCUGUUAUUCCUGAAAAUGUUCCUGCUGACAAGUCUGAAGAAUUAAGUGUUUCCUCAUCACCUAGUUCAUCUGAAGUCACUAAUUGCCAAGUUACACAAACCUCAUCAGUUCCUGUAAGUAGUUCAACACUGUCACCAUCAUGUCCUAUAACAAGUAUCCCUUCUCCUCCACCACCACCACCCUUACCAGAUACCUCAAGUCUAAUGCCAAUUUCACCUGUACCACCUCAUCAUCUACCUCCUUUAAGCAAAACCAUUCCACCACCACCUCCCCCUCCACCACCUGCCCCAUCAAUUGGAAGUAAUAUACCACCACCUCCUCCUUUACCACCAAUUGGUGGGAUUCCACCUCCUCCGCCUCCUCCACCACUCCCAAUGGGUGGCAUACCUCCUCCUCCGCCGCCGCCGCCGCCACCAAUGGGUGAUAUACCUCCUCCACCACCGCCACCUCCCAUGGGUGGUAUACCUCCUCCACCACCACUACCAUCUAUGGGUGGCAUUCCACCUCCACCACCUUUACCAACACUUGGAAUGCCACCUCCUCCACCACCACCUCCUGGAGCAGCGACAAGUGGUGUUCCCGUUUCACCAUCUCCUUUACCUCCACCACCUGUUGGUGGUUGGUAUGGUGCUUACCAGCAAGCUCGUAAACCUGCAAUAAGUCCUAAAGUGCCCAUGAAGCCUCUCUAUUGGACUAGAAUUCAAGUGCAAGAACCAGUUGAAACAAUUCCAGAGAGUAAAACUAGUUUGUGGCAAAAGCUAGAAGAAGUUAGCACAACUGAUUUGGAUGAAUUUGUGGAACUUUUCUCCCGCCAAACACCUGAAAGAAAACAGCCUUCAAAAAUUAAAACUAAAAAGGACAAGUCCAAAGAAGUUGCGAAGCUUCUAGAUCAGAAAAGAUCACAAAAUGUUGGCAUUUUAAUAUCAAGUCUUCGCAUCGAAAUAGCUGAUGUUGAAAAUGCUGUCUAUAACUUUGAUACUUCAACUUUAGAUUUAGAUGCGCUUCAAGCUAUUUAUGAAAUUCGGCCAACAUCUGAAGAACUGCAGCUAAUCAAAAAUCAUCUGGAUUUGAAAAAUGACAUCCCAUUGGAUAAACCUGAACAGUUUUUAUAUGAUUUAUCUAAAAUACCUGAAUAUGCAGAGAGAGUCUCCUGUAUUAUGUUCCAAGCUGCCUUUUCUGAAACAAUAUCUUCAAUUGAAAACAGACUCAACAACCUGAAAAUGACAUGUGAAUUUUUGAUGACAGAUGCGGACAUACAAAAAGUGUUUGGAAUAAUUCUCACUUUAGGAAAUUACAUGAAUGGAGGUAAUCGGAACAGAGGGCAGGCAGAUGGUUUUGGCCUGGAAAUAUUACCCAAAUUGAAAGAUGUGAAAAGCAAAGAUAGUUCACUGACCUUAUUGCAUUAUAUAGUGAGAAAUUAUGUAAAGCUGUAUGAAGAAGAUUCAUCUUUAGACAAAGCUAAAUUGCCAGUUCCUGAACCUGGUGAUGCAGAAAGAGCGAGCUUAGUAAACUUUGAUGAUAUUGCUAAAGACCUCAACAAACUUCUAAGUCAAAUAAAAAGUUGUGAGGCCAAAGUUCAGAAAGUAUUAAAUUCAUCAGAUGAAGAACAUCAACAACCUUUUAAAGAAAAAAUGGAUGAAUUUCUCACAAAAGCUUAUGCUGAACAUAAAGAACAGGAAGAAAAUCUUGAAGAAUGUAAAAAUAAAUUCAAUGAGACAAUGCUUUUCUUCAGCUGGAAAGCGAAAUCUGGCAACCCUUCCGAAUGGCCUCAAGAAUUCUUCAGUUACUGGAAAUCUUUUUGUAAUGACUUCAAAGACAUUUGGAAAAAAGAAAUGCACAGAAAAGCCAAAGCAGAACUUGAAGCAGCAAGAAAGAAGCUUCAAGAAAAGCAAGAAGAAAGGAGAUCAACAGUUGUGAAAGUGAAAGAUAAACCUUUAGGAUUGAAAGCAAAGUUAGCAAAGAAGGGGAUGCUCUUAAAAGACUUAACCACCGAUACGUAGCAGCUUUUAAAAUCUUGUAGAUAUUCCUAUCAUUCAAGUGCCUAUCUCUUAAAUUAUAUCUAUCUAUUUUGCUGAAAACUGAUGGUUUAAAACUGAAAUACUCCUUUGUGGGCCAUCGAGCUUCGAAAUGUUACCUUAUAAGAUACAUAGUUGUUAAGGUAAAUUUUUGUAAUUAAUUUGAUGCAUUUAAUUGCUUAUUAUAGACUUGAUUAAAAUUCAAAUGCUACUGUAUUAAACAACGCUUUACAAGAGUAAAAUGAUUUUGAAAAAAAAAAAUUUCUUUUAUUUUAUUAAUUAAAAACUUUUUGUUUAUGUAACCGUUACGUUGAAAGACACAAAGCUUCAAGCAGACAAUUUAUAAUUUAGAUAAUUUUUCUUAAGCAAACAAUAUUAUUCAUAUCAUUUCAUCAAUUUUCUUAAUAAAAUACUUUUGCUUUAAUAUUUUGUGUUUGUCGAUAUUGAGUAUUGUGCUCAAAAGGUACUUCAUUUUUGCAUUUUCCAGUAUUUGAUAAUCCAAUAAAUAAUGAUCUCCUGAAUAAUUAAAGUUUUAAAAAUAUGUUAUUUUAAAAUUUCAAACCUAGAGAGCUGUUUUGUAUUGAAAUGUAAACAUUUUCCCUUAUAUUACAUCAUUUAUUUGUUGAUUUUGUCAUUUUGUGAUAUAAGUUCUUAAACAUUCCAUGGUAAUAAAAGCUAUUUUUCUGGCUGA